GCGGCGGUAAUGGCGGUGGCGGCGGGCGCCUUCAGCCUGCGGGAGGUCCUCGCCGCCUUCCAGACGUGCGUGACGGAGCGGCGGGAGGUGCUGCUGGGCCCCUACCUCCGCGGAUGGCGGGGGCUCAUCCGGUUCCUGCACAGCCUGGGCGCCAUCUUCUCCUUCGUCUCCAAGGACGCGGUGGCCAAGGUGCAGAUCAUGGAGAACUACUGCGGCGGCGAGCAGCGGGAAAAGUACGUGUCGCUGCAGUCCAUGGUGGAGUACGAGCUGGCCAGCGGGCUGGUGGAUCUCCAGAAGCGAUCGGGACGGCCCGACUCCGGCUGCCGCACUGUCCUGCGUCUCCACAGGGCCCUGCGCUGGCUGCAGCUCUUCCUGGAGGGGCUGAGGACGGGCCAGGAGGACUCCCGCACCUCCGUCAUCUGCACGGACUCCUACAACGCUUCCCUUGCCGCCUACCACCCCUGGGUGAUUCGCAAGGCGGCCACGGUGGCCUUCUGCGCUCUGCCGUCCCGCAACGCCUUCCUGGAGAUCAUGAACGUGGGCACGGCCGAGGAGGCUGUGGCCAUGCUGGGUGAGGCCUUGCCCUAUAUCUGCGAUGUGUACGGCAUCACCCAGGAGCUCUUUGCCCAGCAUAAGCUGCUUGACCUUCCUUGAGGGGAGGGAUGUUCCAAGAGCCGUGCCACAUUCUGACAGAAGCUGGAUGAAAGGGGGAAACGGGGCAUGUUUUCACAGACGCACGAGGGUCCGGUUCUCUGUCCGUGGUCGCUCUCCCUUUCCUUUUCCAGCACGGAGCUGCCAAGUCGCAAAGCUAAGAAAAAAUUCACUUUAUAAGAGAAAAUUGCACCUUUUUUUUUUUAUAUGUACAUAUAUCUGUCUCUGUGUGUAGAGCCUCAGCUCUACAGUAAGAAAAAACCCAGUAGUACUGUGCUAAAGGGAUUUCUUUUCCUGGAUUCACCUUCAACUCUCCAGCUAGACUGGGAGUGGGAGGUUUUAUUUUCUUUUUGAAGCCAAACUCUGCAACUUCAGCAGCUUCCGUGGAUUUACACCAAUAGGCAGGACCUCGUGUGACAGCACAACUUUCAGAUGUGGUGUCUGAGCACAUUAACACGACAUGCAAGCUCACUUUGCCACUUUUGUUUACAAGCUGUUCCUUUGAGGGAAGGUUGCCCUCCGUUAUGCUUUAACCAUGACAAUACAAUCAUGAGUAACGCGUGUCUGAAGGGAAGCUUUUUUCCUUGUGGUCACAGACUCAUUUGAUUAUUGCUGCUAAUUCUGUGUCCAUGAGAAUUAAAGGAAAGGGUGGUGUUACAGUAAGAGACCAUUCUUCCUUUGUGCUCGGAUCCAUUAAGUAGGACCUUCCUUCUGUGCAGCUUCCCCUGUCCAUUAAUCUACGCUUUAUGCAUCUGGGGAUGCGGAAUAACUUUUAGUAUGUACUGCACAAUACCGUAUAUCGGCUGGAGACUGGACCUUACCUGUGGUCUCAUGAUUAUGUUUGGGUUUUUUUUUAAUGAAUGUGUCAAAUGCCUACAAAAAUGACUUCUCUGGGGAGAAAUCUGAACUUGUACUGUACGUCACUACUUUGUGAGGCUUACGGCUUCCAUUGCAAAUCACUGUAUAUAAUAGCCAGUGUGUGUAUGUAUACAUAUACGCACACACCUAAGUAUGUAAAACAAGAGUUUACUUAGCUUUUUGAAAGCUGAAAAAACACUAUAUUGUUAGUUCAGGAUGACGUGAAUAUUUGGGGGAGAAGGGAGAACCCCACAGGCUGGGACAUGUUUUGAUGUAUCUCAGAUAGAAGGCAUUUUGGCCUAAUGUAACACUGAACGAUUCAGGAAAUCACUAUUACCUCAUGGAGAUUAAACAAACUGGACAUUAAAUUAUGUGAAUAAAAUGCUUCUGAAGAGUAUCCUUCAUAGGAAUGCUUGCUUUCUUUGUGGUGCUGGAAGGAACAUGACUGCAUUAUCCAUUAUUAUGUCGUGUCCUUCACUAGCAGAGUCUGUUUCGUUUCCUCAGGGAUCAGGCGUGCAACCAACGGGCAGGAGUCACCCAGAUGGAGUUGCACACUGAGCUCCUGUUCUGAUCAGCCACAUCAGUCAACAGUAUCUUUUGCCUGAAGAUAGGAAAUGUUAAUUUUCUUCACACUCUAAAAGGAGUUUUAGUUGCUAUGCUGUGAGAACACAAAUAUAAUUCCCUUUCUGCUGACGCCACCUUACAGUGAUUCCAUAGUUCCAUAGGAUAAAUCCAUAUAUUAAAAAGGAGCAGCGUCAUGCUGCGGAAUACCUCUGCUGUCCGAUACAGAUAUAGCUGGUAUUUCAUCUGUGUAGUGUAUUAAAUACCUUGAACUAUGUCAAGUAAUGUGUAAGAAGUGAAAAAACAUUUUAGAUCUCUUGGGAGUUUAAUGCAGAAAUGGGAGUUUGACCACAUGGGAAAAUCACUUUUUCUCCCUUAUCACGUUCAUUCUCAACUAUUCUUCUUAUGAGAUAAACAUUAACGUUGAAAAUUAAUUUGAUUUUUGCCAUUAAAGAAUCAAAC